AUAGCCCUCAUCGUCUACGAAUACCUGCUCACGGUUCGGGUAGAAAGCAAAGUCAUCUGGCGCCGCAAACUCACCAUCCCUACUAUACUCUUCCUUAUAAACCGGUAUAUACUCGCGCUAUAUGCCCUCUCGAUAUCCCUUUGGGGAUUUGUUCAUAUACACACAUUAAACAUGACACUUACUCGUGUUGUAGUAUUCUCUGCACUACGCGUACAUGCCAUAAAUAACCAUAAUUGGUUGUGGACAACCAUCAUUUUAUGCCUCGGAUUUGUGGCCAUUCCACAUCAAGUUGUAAAGGUGCGCCAAUCCGCUGAUGUGCCACAUUUUGAACUAUACGGAAACGCUUUACGCGCAGCGGCGAUCGCCUCCGAGGCCUGUGUGAUUCUCAUGGACAUCCUCGUCCUCGGUAUCACCUGGUAUCGAACAGCGGGGAUCAUAAUGCUGGCGAGGAAGGUCCAAAUAGAUACGUCGCUCGCUCAGCUCAUGCUACGCGACGGUGAGUUUACAUUAACGACAUCGUCUUGA